CGUGAAUUCUAAAGGAAAAUGUCAGGACAUCUGCCCCUGAACUGAAUCUCAAGAGAAAGUGGGUCAUGCAGCAAGACAACGACCCUAAGCACACAAGUCGGUCUACCAAAGACUGGCUAAAGAAGAAUAAAGUUUAUGGACUGUCGGUAAAGUCGGCUUUGACUUGGCCAGUUGGAAUGGGCUAAAAUUUCUCCAAGCUGAUGUGCAGGACUAAACUAAGAGAGAAGAACAUAGCAUAAAGAGAAGAACAUAUCAUAAUAUGUAAUAUUGGAUCAUUUUCCUCAACAAAUAAAUGAUCAAGUAUACUAUUUUUGUCUCAUUUGUUUAAUUGGGACUUGUGUGAAAAUCUGAUGAUGUUUUAGGUCAUAUUUAUGAAGAAAUAUAGAACAUUCUAAAGGGUUCACAAACUUUACCACUGUAAAAAGUACCACUAUAUAUAUUAUGUGGGUGGGGUAGGUACAUCUUUUUUUCUGGCAAAAGCCAACCUAAAUCUAGUGAGCUUAGUUUUUGUUAUCAAACUUUUAUCUCGAAAGCAUUCAGUGAGAAUCUACUGAGCCCAGCAGUUGGAAAGCAUGCCAAUCAGAGUGACAAAAAUCUCUAUGACUAGUGAUAAAAUAUACUGCAAUUUGCAAAGUCCUGUAAGCUCUUGAGCAAGUUUACACCUACAUCUGUCAUAAACAAUAUGACUUCAGCAGCAGGUAUAAUAUUCUGUGCACACUACACUUAUCAGUGUCUCACUGUUCCAGCUAUUCCAUGAAUCCUUCUCCUGUUGCACUGGGGUUGUAGUAAGGACAGUGUCCCUGACAAACAUCAUGUUUGUUUGGUUGAGCAAUGAUGUGGCAUCCUGUCACAUGGUUGCAGCAUGGUGAAUCCUAUUAACUGCAGAAACAGGACUCUUACAGUGAAACAUGGGUGGAAGCUCAAUAUGGUUCAACAAAAUUUCAUGUUGCUGUUUGGCAGUUCUCAGAGUUGACUCUCGCACUGAGAAAUCACUUAGAUGAAUAGACACAUUUUACAGCUAAAUGUGGUGGGUCAUUUGGAGACUGGGGUUCACUAUUGGGCAUUAUAACAUAAUCAGGGAGUGUGCUGCACCUAUUUGUUAUUUAAUAGGCCUACCAAAUGUUUAACAUGUAUGAAAAGUACAUUAUUCUACAUUAUAUUAGUCCUUAAGAACUGCACGGAAAGCAGCAUUUUCAGGACACUUUGGAAGACAUCUCGUUGGGUUCUAGAGAAUUAUGAUUGGCAAGCUUUGCUGUUUUCUAAUAUUUUAUUUGGUAAACUGAUUCAUUCUGAAAAUCAUGAAAAGUAUUUUCAUUUGAGUCUACACUUUUACUCCACUACAUUUCAAAAGAAAAUGCUGAACCUUUAACUCCACUGCCUCUGACAGUUGUAUUACUAGUUACUUUUCAGAGUUAGAUUUUAAAUUGGAAACAAUAACAAAAAAAAUUACAAUAAAAUGUAUAAUAAGCUUAACCACUGACAGCCAUUGAACUAGGCUGCAGCUAAGUGAUGUUUUCAUUAUCAAUUAAUCAAGUAAUUAAUUAGUCCAAGGUUGACAUCUUAAAAUUUCAUGCAGUAGGAUAAAGUCUACAACCAAAAGAUAUUUUACAAUGAUAUAAGACAGAAAUAAACACCAACUUCUCACACUGGAGAAAGUGUCAAAUGUCAAACAGAAGAAUUUCUAAUAAGGAGCCUUGUUUAUACAGAGGCAAUAAAAAGUCAGUGAACUGUUUGGAAUGACCUCGUUUCCUGCAUUAAUUGGUUUUCUGCAUUAAUUAGUCACAAAAUGUGACUGUGAGCUUAUUCCAUUGCAGCUCUGUUGAGUUGAGGCCUGGGCUCUGUCUCCACAAGAUGGAUUUUCUUUGUCUGACGUCUGUUGCAGAUUCUAAUGUUAAGGCUCACUGUUCUGCUGCAUCACCAACUGUUGAUACCUAAUUAUUGAAGCCUGAUGAAACCUAUCAGGAUUCCACUGAUCCAGACAUCAGCAUGGGAACAGAGGGUGGAGAGACGAGAGCUGUCCAUGGGAAACAGACAUAGCAUACAACCCGUGCACCUCAUAGCCAGUGUGACUGGCACGUCCUUCUGAUCACAGACACUGAAGUCCCAACCCCUCCACAGCACAUCACUCUGCCAGAGCUUCACCAGAAACGCUGGUAUCACCAUUUGCAGACAGGUGUUCUGUAAAAAUCAGGAGAUGGGAGAUGCCCAUUAAGACCAGUCUGUGUCCAGUGUUCUACCACCAUGAUGACCAGUCACUGCUCGUUGUUGCCAGAAAUUUUGCCAAAUCAGUGUCUUAUGAGGUACCAGCCUAAGCUGGACUCUGAGCCCAUGUGUGGGUUGUCUGCUGAUCUGCCUCUGCCAGGUAAAACCAUUGAGGAGUGCAGUGUGUCUGCCAGUGAACAGCCUCAGUAUUACACACAGGUGUCGACCAAGCUGGACGGUCAGCUGAUGUCUCCGGGGUUGGACACAUACACCAAACAGUGCAGUGCCGGGUCAGAGAACCCCAUGUGUCGUGUCUGUCAUGACAGCGGAGCCCAGGAGGAGCUGCUGUCCCCCUGUGAGUGUUCUGGGACCCUGGCCACCAUCCACCGCAGCUGUCUGGAACACUGGCUGUCUGCCUCAGGAACCAGCUUCUGUGAGCUCUGCCACUACCAGUUCACUGUGCAGAGGAAGUCCAGGCCAUUGCUUGAGUGGAUGCAGAACCCGGGUCUUCGUCAGGAGAGGCGCACGCUGUUUGGUGACAUGGUGUGUUUCCUGCUCAUCACUCCUCUGGCCACCAUCUCCGGCUGGCUCUGCCUUCGUGGUGCCAUAGAUCACCUUCACUUCUCCAGCCGGCUGGAGGCUGUGGGGCUCAUCGCUCUGACCAUCGCCCUCUUCACCAUUUACCUCUUCUGGACUCUGGUGUCUCUCAGGUAUCACUGUCGACUGUACAAUGAGUGGCGACUGUCCAAUCAGAGAGUGGUCCUCCUCCUCCCCAGGUCACACAGUGAAGUGUCAGGGCUUCACCCAUUACAAGGCUCACAGCAAGGGAAGCAGCCAUCCAAGGAGUCGACAGUCUUACCAGAAAUAUUUUGAACGGUUCUCCAAAGUAUCUGAGGGAUCAGAGGC